GCAUUUUGCGACCAGCUAUCUGUCAUCGAGUUGUUUAGCAUAACAUAUCAAAGAAAUCAAUUGGUGCAAUUAGUGGUUGGCAACAUGACACUCAAUUUGACCUCUGAUAUUCUCGAAAUGCUUAAUAAUAGCUUUUACAAAGAUCCAAAAAAUCUUCUUGCUCAAAAUGCUUGCACCAAGUAUGAUCCACUUGAGAUGUGCUUGUCUAGGAAACGUUUGGAAGAAAUUCAGCAUGUGUUCACUCACAAAGUUGAUGAAGUAAAGCCUAUGACCAAUCAGAAAAGCUCAGGAAGGUGCUGGAUUUUUGCUCUAUUAAAUGCAAUGAGAAUUCCUUUUGUUAAGCAGUACAAUCUGGAGGAGUUUGAGUUUAGUCAAGCUCAUCUCUUUUUCUGGGAUAAAGUUGAGAGGUGCAAUUUUUUUCUAAAUACUGUGGUUGAUGUUGCUAAACGAGGAGAAAAAGUUGAAGGAAGACUUUUUGCUUUCCUACUUCAGGAUCCAACUAGUGAUGGAGGCCAAUGGGACAUGCUUGUAAAUUUAGUUACUCGCUAUGGAGUCAUGCCAAAAAAAUGUUUUCCUGAUUCGUAUAGCAGCGAAUCCAGUUUACGGAUGAAUUCAAUUCUGAAAAGCAAGUUGCGCGAGUAUGCUAAGCUUCUGCAAGACAUGGUAACUGAUGGUUUACCCCAAGAAAAAAUUCGCGAAAGCAUUGAAGAAUUUAUGCAAAACAUCUACCGAAUUAUUGCCAUUUGCUUGGGAAUUCCACCGAAAACAUUUACUUGGGAAUACUACGAUAAAACAAAGCAAUACUGUGUUGUUGAAAAUAUGGAGCCCAAACAAUUUUACGAAAAUUUCGUGAAGUCCUUGUACAAUGUGGAAAACAAGAUUUGCCUUGUGUCGGAUCCACGCCCGAGCAAUCCUUUCGGAAAAGGUUACACAGUGGAUUGUCUGGGAAACAUGGUAGGUGGGCGAAAAACCUUCUACAUCAAUCAGCCUAUCGAGGUAUUGGCCCAGUUGGCUACUCAAUCUAUUGAAGCCAAUGAAGGUGUUUGGCUUGGUUGCGAAGUUUCCAAAAGAUUUUCAGCCAAACAUGGAAUCGAGGAUUUACAAAUACAUGAUUACCCCUCUGUGUUUGGCGUGGAAGUUUACACCGGUCUUUCAAAGGCUGACCGUCUAAUCUUUGGUGAUUCUUUGAUGACUCACGCCAUGCUGAUUACUGCUGUCACUCUCGACAAAGAUACCAAGCAACCGCGUAAAUGGCGCGUGGAAAAUAGCUGGGGCGACGAUCGCGGAGAAAAAGGUUAUCUUCUCAUUACCCAAGAAUGGUUCGAACAAUUUGUAUUUGAGGUAGUAGUGGACAAACGCUUCGUGCCGGACGAUAUAUUGCAAAUCUGCAAUGUCGAGCCAACUGUUCUACCUGCUUGGGAUCCCAUGGGCAACCUGGCAACCAUUUUUAAAAGUCGGUAUGAAUAAAAAUUAUUCAACCUUCAAUCUAAUAACGGUUACUGUGAGAAGGAUCAAUUCACCACCCUCUUUACACUUCCCCUAACAACCUGUGGAGCAGUUUUUCAAUGAAAACCAAUCAAUAACCAAACCGCUCAGCAAUUUACCUUAGAAAUUCGUGAGCUCCCACCAGAUGCCAAUUUUGCACCUUUACCAUGUGGAUUUUUUGUACGUCUGAUAUAACAGGAAAUAAAGUAAAGAUAAAAGCUCAAA